UGAGGGAGAGUGGUAUUAAAGCAGUUUCGCCUGGUGGCUGCCCCUGGUUCUCUGUGGUGGGCUCCCCGGGGCGGCCUCUCGCUCGCCCUCUGCUCUGUCAGUAGGCGCCUGGAUGGUGCAGAGGCAGCCUGCCAAGAAUGGCUUUCGGGGGAGUUAUACCAUUUUAUAGCAAACGCAGUGGUUCUUGGACGUUCAGAAGGGUAUUUAGAUCGCGGGAGAAAGUGCUGAUAUUCCUAGUAUGCCUCACGUUCAUGUUCAUAUGUAUAGGACCGAUAUUCUACCUGCCAGACCUACGGGGUGGCCUGAGCACCAAAGUGGACCACGUCUACAAAGUGUACAAACAGAUGCAAAAGGCAGGACCUGAGCUCAUUCUGCCCCCGCCCCCUCCGGAGUCUGGCGAGGUGGGCGCCGUGAGGAAGCACGAGGGCGUCCACCACAACCUGGUCAACCGAGAGGACGUCCACCUCAGUGAUGAUAAGCAGCGGCUGAUGGACAAGGUCAACAAUGAUGAGGAGCUGAGGAACAUGAGGGUCAUAGAGAAGCCAGUGGUCAUUACUGUGAGUUCUACGGCGGCGAAUAAACCUCAAGAGCCUCAGGGGCAGGUGGAUGAGAGCAUAAGAGUUGUGGCAGACAAAGGACAGAAUGAAAUAGAGCUGGAUAAAAAAGUUGGUCUUGGGGGCCAGGACAAGAGCGAUGAACCUGUAGUACAAGGCGGCGAGGAUGCAGAUCCAGUUGCAAGGCAGCGCAGAGAGAAAGUCAGAGAGAUGGUGCUACAUGCGUGGCGAGGCUACAAGACCUACGCAUGGGGGAAGAACGAACUACGACCAGUCAGCAAACGAGGCCACACUGCUGGGAUCUUCGGAAGAGAGGACAUGGGGGCAACUAUUGUGGAUGCUCUUGAUACCCUAUACAUUAUGGGAUGUAUGGAGGAGUACAAUGAAGGGCAUGCAUGGGUGCAAUAUAAUCUAGAUUUCAAUCAGCUGAGAUCAGAGAUGUCUGUUUUUGAGACAAAUAUCCGAUUUGUUGGAGGCUUGCUGUCUGUAUAUGCCUUGACUGGGGAUAUGUUGUUCAGAGACCGAGCUCUUCACAUUGCACGAAAGCUUCUGCCAGCCUUUGACACUCCAACUGGUAUACCUUAUGCGCUCAUCAAUGUUGCUAAUGGGAUUGCCAAAAAUUAUGCUUGGGCAAGUGGAGGAUCAAGUAUUCUAUCUGAGUUUGGAACCCUGCAUCUUGAGUUUGUGUACCUGUCUGACAUAUCUGGGGACCCAAUUUUCCGUGAAAAGGUCAUGCGAAUUCGCGACGUUAUCAGGAAAACAGAUCGUCCUGGUGGCCUCUAUCCAAACUACAUGAAUCCCAAAACUGGAAAGUGGGGCCAACGCCACACCUCUGUUGGAGCACUGGGAGAUAGCUUCUAUGAAUAUUUACUAAAAGCAUACAUACAGUCUGGGGGCAAGGAUGAAGUGGCCAAGGAUAUGUACGAAGAAGCCAUUGGAGUGAUCACGAAUCGUUUAGUCUUGAAGUCACACACUGGCCUGACUUACUUGGCUGAGAGCAAAUUUGACCGUCUUGAGCACAAGAUGGAUCAUCUUGCCUGUUUUGCAGGUGGAAUGUAUGCUAUGGGAGCAAAGAGCAUCAACAAUCAAGUUUCUACAACACACUUAGAAAUUGCAGAGGGUCUUGCCAACACUUGUCAUGAAUCAUAUGCACGCACCCCAACUGGUCUUGGCCCGGAAAGCUUUAGGUUCACAGAGGGUAUAGAGGCACGUGCUCUCAAAUCUUCUGAGAAGUACUACAUCCUUCGGCCUGAAGUGAUAGAGAGUUGGUUCUACAUGUGGCGAUAUACUAAGGAUCCCAAGUAUCGGGAAUGGGCUUGGAAUGCUGUUUUGGCCUUGGAGAAAUACUGUCGAACUGAGGCUGGGUACAGUGGAAUUCAGAAUGUGUAUAUGGAAAAUCCUCAAAAGGAUGAUGUACAACAAAGUUUUGUUUUUGCUGAAACUUUUAAGUACCUCUACUUAAUCUUCUCGGACGAUUCACUCAUGAGUUUAGAUGAAUGGGUCUUCAAUACAGAAGCACAUCCACUUCCUAUAGCUGGUAAAAACUCAUUUUACCGGAAAGUUCAAGAAUCCGAGAGCCAGUGGUAAGACAUCCAAACGAGACUUUUGAAGAAGCUUCACUGUCACUAAUAAACAGUGGAAUGUGAUGUUGUUUUGUCCUAAUACCUUUGUUGGUGUCUGUUUUUUAUAAUAUGGUUCACAAAUUGGCCUAUCCUAAGGUGACAGGAUACAUAUUUUAAUUUUUAACAGAAUGGGAGCCAUGGUAUAAAAAAGAAAAAAAUUUGCCUGGUAACAGUGCUGAGAUAUUGGAACGAUAAAUUUCACGAAAAUUGGACUUUUUCUGCUUGGGUACCUUUUGUUAAUGCUCAUUUUUGUGAAUUGCCUCAUUUUCAUGAUUUCAAAAUUAAUUUCUUGAAUAUUUUGUUUAAAAUCCUAACUGGAGCCAUUGUAUUAAAGGUAAUCUUUGUGUAAAGAAAAUUAUAAUGAUUGAAAUGUAAUCUUAAUUCCAAAGUAUUGGAAUGGAGAUCUGUAAAUGGGAAAUGCGCAAAUAGUACAUGAUUUGAGACAUUUGAGAUAUUGGCCCAUUUUCUUAAAUUUCUUGUAAAUGUUUUCUUAAUUGUAUGAAAAUUCAAAAAAAACAAAAAAACAAAAAAAAAAAAAAGUUGUUUGUUGCAAGAGGUAUGAAUCCCACAAGCUCUGCCCUGUCCAUUACUGUUGACUGUGAGAAUUGCAAAAUCAGUGAUAGAAGACUCAAGCUUGUGUUGAUAGAAGGGUUGAUAAACCUGAAACAUCUCUUAGGUUCUACAUGCCUUUAUUAUAUUGUUCAUUUGAUAGAGUCCUGAUUGCUGAUAUUGCAAAGUGUACAGAGCUCAGCCGAAAGUUAUAAUCACUGUCAGCUCUUUUCAACAAUACGUUGGUGCAUGUGUCUGUGUGUGUGUACAUAAGAACAGUAUAUAAAUGCUGUAGAAUAUACUGAUAAUAUUGUUUUGUGCAACUUGAUACUCCAGUGAUAUUAUACAAGGGAAUGUUGUGUAGAAAGGAACUGGAUUUUUCCUGGUGCAGUUGGGAUAUAUAUUAUCUUUCAGUUUAUUUGAAUGUGUUUAUGGUGCUGUAAGGGUGAGAUUGCAAUCCACUAUCUAGCUUUGUGAAGAUUCUUUGGUAUGUCAUACAAUCAUUUGCUUUCACUUUUCCCUGAUAUCGGUAAUCAACGGUAAAGUAGAGAAAGUAUGGAUGAUUUCUGUAGAAUUGUUGUUGGAAACGGUGUAAAUUUAUUGAUUAAAGUACCAGUUCUUUUUGUAUGAAUUCAGUCUGUCUUGAAAAAAAAGUAACUAGAGAAAUAUGAUAUUAAAAAUCAUUGUAUCUGCUGUGUAGUGGAUAGAGAAGACUAAAAUACAGCUUAAAGCAUCAGACAUAAAAUAGAUGAAGUAUAUUAAGAAGACUAAAAUACAGCUAAAAGCAUCAGACAUAAGAUAGAUGAAGUAUAUUAAGAUAAAAAUUGGCAAAUUCUUUAUAGUACCAAUUAUUCUUUAUGGUACCAAUUUCUCUAUGAGAGUUCAAUAAGUUGUAAAGUUGUUCUUGAUGCUGUUAACUUUCAUAGUAACCCUUUAUUAUCAGAAUAUUCUACUGUAUCUGUAAUUAUAUUUUGUAUAUGUAUAUUUAACAUAGGAUAUUUUUUGUAGUAGACAAAUUUGUAUCAUUUUGCAUUUUAUUUGUAAUUCAUAUUUAAAUACUGUGCAUUUCUUUUAAAGUUAUUUUAUGUAGAUGAAGAGAUUUUAUUUAUAGAUGGCUUUUGAUUUGGAUUUGAUGGUUGAGAUGGUUGAGCAAUAAGAAUAAUUCCAAUACUAUGAUUCCAUGUUUUCUUUAGUUUAAUACUCAUCAUUGAGAUGCAGAUAAAAAACAAUUUUUAGGUUAUUUCAUAUGAGAAGUUUUUGUUUCCAUUUUAUACUGUCUUGAAAAAUCUCUCCAUGAUAACUUCAUAUUUUGUUUUAGAUGAAUGCGUAAUGUUUGUAUAUGUGAAUGAAAAGAGAGAUACUUGAUUGUAAUUUUUGGUCAAGUGUUAUAUACUAUGAGAUGAAGGUUGUUGUUAAAAGAUUGUUUAUGGGAUAUUUUUGUAAACAUUAUCUUGCAGGUUACAAGCUUGCUUGUUGAGGUCCUAAGAGUUUUUUUAAUUUUGAUGUAUUAGUGUGACAUUAAUUAAUGGGGUAGGAUAGGAUAGAAGAAUCAAUAGUAUGAGAAUGAUUUUUAGUUGUAAAUCUUGCGAUCAGGUAUAACUUCUUACAAAACAAGCAAUCCACAGCAUACCUGUCUUUAAGGAAUCCUCAGGUCAGAUUCUGAAAUAUCACCUGAAACCUGGAGUGUUACUAAGUGGCAGUUGGAGGUUCAUAGGAGUAGUUGCCUCUGUGAUGGCAUGAACUAGUGUUGUUACUCCCGUGAAGACACUUUGUUCCAUCAGAGUUUGUCUUCUCACAUUUCCAAGAAGACAUGUUACUCUUUCUGCCACAGAAGGAUCAAUGAGUGCUGAGGGCAUGCUUCUGUUGAUGACCUACAUUUAACUCCAGUUAAUACAUUUCGCAUGUCCAUGUCAAGUUUUAUUUCAGCGUUUGGGGCACGUGACUGAGAAUUUGAUUUUGUUCCUGUACCACUUUUCAUAUAUAUCAACUAAGUCAUGAAUCAUAAACUGUUAACUAUAAUAUCAGUAUUGCUCAGCACUUCUGGACUUGGGGUUAACUUCACUAGGUCCUGAAAUGUUUAAAAUCAUUUUAUUUUAUAGAACUGGUUACUUAAGCUAUAAAACACUGAUCAUGCACAUUGUAUCAGUAUUAGGGGAGCCUGGCCAAACCAACCAUCCAAAGUAUCUGUGCACUUAGAUUUAUUCCAGUUGUAUGUACUGGGAGACUUAGAAACUUUUCAAUAGAUAUGUGUAUAUGUAUAUAUGUAUACAUGUAUGUGUGUAAAUCUUACCAUCUUUGCCUCUGACUUUUACCUCUCCUUUUCUUUCUCCUCUCUCUCCUCUAUCUUAAUCUUUAACAAAGUUUUCCUGUAGGCAUUUUUCCUAUCCUCUUUGAGCACAUAUACAGUACGCAUACACAUUGCACAUACACACACAGAGCAAUUUGAUAGAUGUGUAUUGCAUACUUGUAAUUAGAUUUUUUUUGUUAAUAUAAACUUUUGUUGUAAUUUGAUCAAGCACUGAAGUUUUCAUUGCUUGCCUGACGAAGAGUACAUGAAAUGCAACAUUUUGGUGAUGAAAUUAUUACAUGUAUUUUUCUGAUUUGAGACGUCCGCUUACUUAAAUCUGAUAAAAGUUUUCAAAUAGAAUUCUGUACAAAAGUUUUAGAUUUUUAAUGUAUGAGUGUGUUGUAUUCAAGAUUAACAUUUGUGUGAGUGAUAGGUAAGUAUAUACUUCUGUUAGUGUAAAUAUAUACAUGUGAGUAAACAGGGAAGUAAAAGUCAUGAUGAAUGAUAAAUUAUGUGCAGCAGAAUCUUUGACUUUUAUUCCACAAAGUAAUUUUUAUAAUUUUGAAACCCUAGAACUUUUAAAAAAUAGUUUUCCAAACUGAAAUGUAUACUUUUUAAAAAGUAAUUGGCAUUUGUAGAACAUUACAUUGUAUUGUCUUACAAGUCGGUAGACUUGUUAAAAUUCUACAGUGCAGGGGUAAUAAUAUUUUUUUGUGAUUGUCUAAAUUAUUUCCUCACUAAAAUGUGCAAGUUUCUGCCUAGUAUUGCAGAAAGUGUACCUCUUUCUUCAGACAGACUGGUUAUUUCUAAAGAUAUUCUAAUGGGGUGUAGGAAACCAAGUAGGAGGUGUAUAUUGAAGAUUACCUCUUCUAUAUAGCUGUUGCAGGUUCUGGAGUUGCUUUGUUUUGUGUGUGUCUGUGUCAUCUUUUUAGAGUUCAAAAUAAAGAUUCACAGCUAAA